AUGGGUGCCGUCUUUUCUUGCAUCAGGGACCUCUUCCGCUCCAUCGGCGCGUGCAUAAUGGGCGUCGUCAACGCAAUCGCCAGCGGCAUCAAGGUCGUCAUCAACGGCAUUGUCUCCGUCCUUGGCGUCCUCGUCUCCUGCCUCACCUGCGGUUACGUCGGGAGGAGGAGGCGCACCGGUACUCGCAUGAAGCAUAGGUCGCGGCCAGUCUAUUAG